AUGGCAAUCAGCAGGGCACUCGGUGUUGUUGAUAUACAACGGCACACCGAAAUUUGGAAAAUUUCGAUCCACAUACACCAGUUACGCAUAAAUACAAACGAGUUAAUCGACACCCUUUUGAAAGUUUUCACACGUUCUCAUUCUUGGGAAACCAAGUGGAUAGCUUCAGUGUUUGGGAAGCAGAUCCUGAAUCAACAGACCACAGAAUGGGCCUCCCACUAUGUCAACUAUAAGGCAUUGAAGAAAAUAAUCAAUAGCCUGCAAAGUGCUUACCAAAGUAAUGAACGAUCGUUACCUCACACUCCCGCCGCCGUCGGAACUUCACGAACUCCUAAUGCCGAUGCUCUGCAAGCUAAUAAUUAUCCCGAAUUUCUACAACAACAGAAAGCUGCCUUCUUUUUCAAACUUGAACGUGAAUUGGAAAAAGUAAACGCUUUCUACCUCCAAAAAGAAAAAGAAUUUAAAGUUAGAUUACGCACUUUGAAUGACAAGAAAAGAAUCUUACUAGGUAAUGAAAGAAAAAUUUCUAGUGCGUCGGCAUCUCUGAUCACUUUAACAGAGGCAUUUCAAAAAUUUCAGCAGGAUCUCAACAAGUUGCAGCAAUUCGUGGAAAUAAAUGCAACCGGGUUUCGUAAAAUAUUGAAGAAAUGGGAUAAACGUUCCAAAUCCAGGACAAAGGAGCUUUAUCUUUCCCGUCAAGUAGAAAUUCAACCUUUUUUCAAUCGAGAUAUUAUCGCUGAACUGGCAGAUAAUGUUGAUAAUAAUUUGUCAGAACUUCGAACCCUUAUCCACGGUCUAUCUUCCACUACCUCGUCAUCUACGCCCACUUCUCCUGAACGAAAAUUGUCAAUCAGCGAACUAGGGGAACCUGAUGUAAUGAAUGACAUUGAAGCUGAACUUUUCAAAUCCAUUAUGAAAGGCGCUACAUCAACGGUGCAAGAGGUAUUGGAUAAUAUUCGGCAACGUCCUAGUGAUGAUGAUAAAGAUCUAUUGUCUCGUGUAUUCUGGCGUGCAUGUUCUGAAGAAAACUCCUCAAUCGAAUCCUUACACUGCUUAGUCGACACUAAUAUGGUUAACUUUAAAUACGUUGAUGACAUCAGUGAUCGAACGUGUUUACACGAAUCUUCCAUCGUCGGGCGACUACCACUUAUGAAAAUUUGCGUUGAACAUAAUGUUAAAGUGAACUGUUCUGAUGUCUAUGGUCGAAGACCGUUACAUUACGUUUGCAUGUACGGUCAUAAUGAGGCGGCUACAUAUCUAUUGUCCAAAGGCGCAGACUGUGAAUGUUUUGACCAUGAUGGAUUCAGCCCUUUAAUCUAUGCCAUUACAAACGGGAAUACUGAAUGUGUAGAGAUUUUGCUUAAGAAAGGUGCCCUCAUCGAACCACAAAAUGAAAGAGAUCACAACCACAUCCCAUUAUCAUUGGCAUGCCAAUAUGGACACAAAGACAUAGCAUUGUUGUUGCUCGACAAGGGUGCACGUAUUAUUCCUGAUGCAGAUGGACUUUACCCUUUGCAUUUGACGUCUCGUGAGGGUCAUCAUGAACUAUCAAAAAUUCUAACGAGAUACGGCGUUUUCUUAGAUACACCUGAUAAUGAAGGAUGGUCACCUAUAUUUUAUGCUGCUAGCGAAGGUCACAUUGAGUGCGUUGAUGUGUUGAUCCAAGCUGGCUGUCAGGUGAAUAUAACAGAUGAGUCAGGUCGUUCCCCGAUCUAUUAUGCUGCAUGGGAAGGACACAUAGAAUGUAUUAAUAAAUUGCACCUAGCUGGUGGACGCGUGGAAACUGUUGAACCAAGAGAUGAACCAAUGACAGAUCGCCUUGAGGAUCCUGUCGUAGAAAGUAACGUCGAUCCAAUACCCUCUUUGACUCUACCACCGCCUAUCAUACCUCUUCCAAUUUACGGGCACAAUUACCUCGAUAAAAAAUAUCACAUACAGAUUACUCUUGGGCACCCUUCCACAAAACCUCAAAGGCCACCGGUGCUUCUGUACGGCAACAGUCACAUCUCAUCCUUAAAACUCCUAAUCACCCCAAAUCCAGGCAUGGGAAUGAUUCCUCUCAGCAUAAUAUUACCCCUAGGUGAUGAUCGAGAAGUUUUCUCUUUCCAAGCGGAUUCUUUGGAAAACUUUUCGUUGGAUUUUGAUAUCUUUCCUACUUUCGGCUCAAAAGUUAUUGGAAAAGGUGUUGCGUUGUCACACGUUUUUGACAUCCCAAAUGGUCGUGGAAGAAGAAAUAACUUAGUUACAGGAGGUACAGGAGGAAAGUACAUUUGCCCUUUAUUGGAUACUCACUUGAAGGUUGUCGGAGAACUGUCGUUCGAGUUUGCAAUUGUGAAACCCUUUCAAGGUGUACGACUAGAAAUCGGAGGUCAGGUGGAAACGUAUUGGAAAUCGCUACCUGAACAACCUUUAAAUGUCAGCGGAAACAUACCAUCCUUUAUAACAGCCUCUUCUUUGUCGGGUGAAUAUAUCCAAAUAGUUGUGCAGGUGACACGAGAUAUGAUAGCCGUCGUAUACCCCGAAUGGAUGUUGCCUGUGAAUGGAUUUGAUUUAAGCGUAUCAGACGUCACAUAUAAACAAUUCGAGUCAAUAAAUCGUGAUCACGAAGAAAAGUUUGAUUUUAGUAAUGCUGCAAGUUCUGCUGAAUUACAAAAAAUGAUCCACCAAGCUUAUCUUUCUUUGGAGGAGGUUCUGGCGAAACUACCGCCAUCCAUUGGAGUGAACCUUGAAAUUAAAUAUCCGACAGUUUACGAAAUGUCCCGGUACUGGUUUUCCGACGUACCCGAUAUAAAUAGUUAUGUAGACACUAUCCUACAGACUGUUUACGAUCACGUGCAAAAUCAGAUAGCCAGUAAUACGCCGGGAGUAUCGAAUAAUAAAUCCACCAAUCGAUCCGUAACGUUUUCUUCAUUUAAUCCCGCGAUUUGUACCGUUCUGAAUUGGAAACAACCGAACUACGCAGUAUUUUUCAAUUCAUUUUGCGGAUUCGAAAAUGAAAACUUCAAUCGCGGUAAAAAACGUAAAGAACGAGAUGGAAACAUUAACGAAGAUGCGACAUACGAAGAAAUCGAACGAGAUAAACGUUGUACUUCUAUCAAAGAAGCCGUUAAGUUCGCUAAAAUCAACAACCUUUUGGGCGUGAUCUGCGAAGCAACAUUGUUGGUUCGCGUUCCGUCCUUAAUAACGAGCAUUAAACAGGCCGGACUGAUAUUGACCACGUUCGGAACCGCAAAUAACGAUUCACGUAAUAUACGAAUACAAGAAAGAUACGGUGUUGAUGCUGUUACCUUACUUCUCUCUGUUGCACGUCUAAAUAAUCUAAUGCCGAAACACGAAUUUCUGACACCAAAGGCUAUAGCAAACAGGAUUAAGGCGAAAGGCCUUCAAAAGUUGAAAUGGUACUGCCAAAUGUGUGAAAAACAAUGUCGGGAUGAAAAUGGUUAUCAGUGUCACAUUCGUUCGGAAUCACACCUUCGCCAAAUGGAUCUCCUGAAAGAAAACCCUACGAUGUACAUACAAGGAUAUUCAAAGCAAUUUCAUGAUGAUUUUGUUAAAUUGCUUUCCCGAAGGUGGGGUACCAAAAGAGUUUUCGCAAACCUUGUCUACCAAGAAUACAUUUCUGAUAGAAAUCACAUACAUAUGAAUGGUACAAUAUGGGUGUCUCUGACAGAAUAUGUAAAAUAUCUUGGAAAAGAGGGCAUUUGCAAUGUGGAUGAAACGCCCAAAGGGUGGUACAUCAGUUGGGUUGACAAUAGUCCAAAAGCUUUGGCCAGACAGGCGUUUAAAUAUUUAAUCCAAGAACAAAUCGAAAGGGCUCGGGGAGAAGCUAAGGAAUCGGUGUUGGAUGAUACGAAAUUCACUGAACUCAAAAGAGAUAAUGAAGAAGAUAAGAUAAAACUUAAUAUUUCUCUUGCUAAAUCCGAAACACCCAUUUCAACUUCUGCGACGUCCCCCACGUCUUCAGCCACCGCAUCUACUACUAAUGCUUCUGCUGCCUCAACAACUCAUACUAGCAUCUCUUUCAAUAAACCUAUUUCACAAAAGGUGUCAUUAAAUGAAACAGAAAGGAAGAAAAGAUCGGAAAAUCUGAAUGGGAACGGAAAUGGGAAUAAACCCAACUUUAGAAGAAAGGAUGAGCAAAAGAGUAGAGAUUAUAAAGACAGGGAUAAUCGAAGAGAUUACAGAGAAAGGGAUAGGAUUGAUAGAGAAAAGGAGCGAGAUUAUAGAGAAAAGGAGCGGGAUUAUAGAGAAAAGGAUCGAGAUUACAAAGAAAAGGAUCGAGAUUACAGAGAAAAAGAUAGAAAGCAUAGAGAAAGAGGCAGAGAUAGAUCGUAUGACAGAUCACAUGAUCGAGAAUCUAAGAGGUUACGAAGAGAUUGA